AUCAGCCCGCGUCGUUGCAUAUCUCAAAUCAUGACAUGCUUGUGUUAAUAUGUCUGACGAGAGGUUCAUAAGCUUGCGGGAUGUCGAGAAGUAUGCCGCUAAAAGUCUGCCACCGGUGUACAAGCGCUACACUAACGAUGGGGCAGGGGAUGGCGUGACGAUGAGGGACAACGAAGCAGCUUUCCAAAGGUGGCGCCUACGACCUAGGUUCAUGGUUGAUGUCUCAAAGAGGACCACCAAGACGAUAGUCCUCGGAUCGCAUGUGGACUUUCCCGUGGGAAUCGCACCGUCUGCCAUGAACAGAUUGGCUCAUCCGGAUGGGGAGGUGGCAGUAGCCAGAGCUGCGCAAGAUCUGAACACCAUUUACAUCAUGAGCCAAACAGCCACAAGUAGCGUGGAAGAAGUAUCAGCUGCGGCACCAAACGGAACAAAAUGGCUGCAGAUAUACAUCCCACGUGAUCGUCAGCUGACCAAGGAAUUGAUAACGAGGGCAAAGCGUGCAGGAUUCAAGGCUCUUGUCAUGACCGUUGACGCGCCUCAUGUUGGGAUGCUUAGGUCCACUGCACGUCAUCCCUUGCAUAUACCAUCACAUAUUAGGCUAGGAAACUAUGGAGCGUCGUCAGACAAAAUGGUUAAUGCACCAAACAACGGUGUGCCCUUUGGAGCCGAGCUCGAUGAUCGCUUGACAUGGGAUGAUGUUGAUUGGUUAAAAGCGAUUUCAAACCUACCAAUCAUCGUCAAAGGCGUGAUGACGUCAUCUGAUGCAGAGUUGGCGAUUCAACAUGGCGCGGCAGCAAUACUGGUAUCAAAUCAUGGAGGAAGACAGAUCGAUGGAAACUUAGCCACGAUAGAUGUCCUUCCCGAGAUCGUGGAAGCAGUGAAGGGAAAGGCUGAGGUGUACCUAGAUGGUGGGAUACGGACCGGUACGGACGUGAUAAAGGCGUUAGGUUUAGGGGCCAAGGCAGUGUUUCUGGGCAGACCGAUCAUCUGGGGUUUAUCAUAUAAGGGCUAUGAGGGAGUAAAUCGUGUUCUCUCCAUCAUAAAGGAAGAAUUGGACAUGGGCCUAGCCUUACUUGGUUGCUCGUCUCCGACUCACAUCACUCGAUCUCACGUCAUCCAUGAAAACAGCUAUGCAAAGCUUUGAAGAAAAUAAGGCAGAAGCCUGGGCCAUGCUGACAGGUUUUAACCAGCACAGACAUGAGGAUAAUGGUGAUGAUACCACGAGUUCGGCUCACCAUUCAGGGCAAAAAAGUAACAUAGCAAAGAGUUCAUGUAACCGUUUUCUGCUCAAAAAGAACGAACGUCAUCAUCUUUCUCAAGAAGUCACAUCGGAGCUGACCUCCUAUAAGCAUCGGAACCUAAGUGCCCUGUAAGGAGAAUGAAUGAACGUUUCUUACCCAUAGUCAUCUAUAAAACCUGUCAUAACAUCAGCAAUUAUCAUCCAGCGGAACUUUUCCUCCAAAGCUAUUUGCAGAUGAAACAAAACCUCAUCUCUGCAGAGAAAGUUUCACGCAAAAGCAAUGGCAAUACUAAUGGCUGCCAGCAACUACUCAUCUUGGUAAGAUCACAGGACGUAGCUAAUCCUCCAAAGAUAUUUACCUAUCUACCGACGCCAUCAACCAACCUAACAACUGCAGAGAAAGACUCAACGAAAAGCAAUAGCAUUACCAAUGGCUGCCAGCAGAGACGAUCACCGACAACCUUGAUGAGAAAUGACGCAUGACAUUAGUGAUAGUUUCAAGCCAUUUGCAAAUUUCUCUUCUCAGCCCUCAACCUAACCUCUGCCUAACCUCGGCCUAACCUCAGCAGAGAAAGGGUCAACCCAUUCAUGAAAUAUUGAUCUUUAAUGAUCAAAUUAGUGCAUAUCCGCACACCAAAGAUGCUGACUCCGUGAUCCCACCCAUCAAUAUUAACCAAUGCUGUCAUAUCGCCAUCGAUCAAGAUCCGUGCAAUUAGGGGCGCGUCUCAGACCGAUCGAAUAGCGGCAUGGGAUAAGUGACUGUCUUAGAAGACAGUGCGAAAUUAGGGGGUUUCUCAAUGGUUGGCCAAGUGUGAUCUAUAUAUAUAAAACCAAGUACGUACACAUACUUGAUCAGAGUGAUAGGUAUCAAAUAAGCUGUUUCAAUGACUGUUCUAAAACCAUCAGGAGGAAUAGAUCAAGUAUGGUAGAGUUGAUGAACAAAUUGCCACCAGGGAAAAAGAAGGUCACGCUUUAUUGCGCAGUUUCUCUGAACAAAAGAAGAUUUGGUUGUCGGUGGCAGGGAGGGUCACCCCUCCCCCCCCCCCUCUGGAUUCGCCUGCGGGAAGAUUAUCGCAUCUGAUACAGUCCCUCAGCGGUACAGUCCGCGGCAGCAACGCGAGCCAAAUCGGUAGAUUCCUGUGACAUUUUAAAAGCGGCGGAGGUAACACAGGUCCCGAUGAUCCAUGCAAGAUGAGAACAAGCUAUUACGCCUUGGUCGAUAUGGGACUGCCGAGACUUACAAGUAGUUUUUUUAGAUGUCAGAUAAGGUUGUCCAAUGAUGAGGUCGCAGUUUGUAUGGACGCGAAUGGUGUCAGUUAUGAGAUUUUAUGAUGCAUUUCUGGCUACGGUAAUGAAUGAUUUAUAAGAAAGAGGUGAUACAGGUGUAGAUCUUUGGGACAGCUAGUAGUUAUCAUUGGAAUUACAUGUAAUACGAGGCAUCGCCUGACAUAUCGACGAUAGUCAACAUAAGACUUGAUGUAAUAGAUGGAUACCAGUUAAUAUUCCUUACUAACAAUCACUUAGUCCUCUUGACGUCUGAUAGGCUGCUGCGUGAUCAUUCUCUCUGUCUGAGGCCGCAAGAUAAAACCAUGGUCAGAGAUAUCUCCAAAUAAGUUGCCGAAUCAGCGUAUUUUAUCACCACGAAAACGGCCAUUAAGCCUGAUAGCCGAAGACGUGAGGGAAAUAUAUUAUUGAUGGUUGCGGACAGCUGGAGAUCCUUGGGUUUCUUCAGUAAGAUCUUGAUCGAGUGCUAACCAAACAUCUCAAUGUAUGCCAACCAGUAGGAUGUGCGCGCAGUUACAGCCUCCCACGAUCUGUAAAUAUGACUUGCAAAGAACCCCUGAACGUGUCUUCUGACACCUUGUUCCUAAUACCUUUAACGGCUUCUGCCUAUAUCCUGAUGGGAAGCUUCCAUAUCACUCUCUUUAACUGAUCCAAGGAAGUCAACUAAUCAUGUCUCUGAGCAAAACCUUGCCGCACCCGACAGAAAUUCUCGGCUUUUACCCUGGAUCUGAUCUGAUCUGAACUGGUACAUAAUUCUGUCCAUCCCCACCCUAAUAAAGGAUUUCUGUACCAAACCCUCCCACGAUGAUCCGAAGUUCAGUAAUAGAAGCGGUCAUCUGUCGCACCUCUGAGAAGGCUUGUGUAUCCCCUCCCCAAACUCAUCUAAAGCAUAGUUUUUCUCGCCAAUUCCACUAACUCAGAUCGUUAGGGAUCCAUCACUUGAGAUAACCAUCAUUUCGCCGAGAUUAAAUUAUCGCAAA